AUGGAUGCAAAGCUGCUUGAGAACGCAAAAACUUUGUUUCGAUCACGAUUCUCUUACGCAACUUGGACUCUUCCAUGCUCUGCUCGUCCAAAGAUCAAAUUUGAUCCUUCCAACUCGCGAAGAUACAAAGAUCUCCCAAAACUUGAAGAAGAUCCGCUAUUGGAAGAAGUUUCCGAAUUGAGUGGAAAGGAACUACUCGGCAUUUCAGCAGAACAAAAACAGACGAUCAUCGACAAUUUAAGAUAUGAAACCCCAGAUGGCUUUUCUUCAGAUUUGGAAGAAGACAGCUCCUACGAAUCAUACCGACUCUUUUGUAGUCUGCCAGACAAGCUUUAUCCUGUGUUAGAGGCGAGCAAGGUGUAUCCUAAAGAAUUGAUGAGACCGGAGAAAUCUGAAGAGACCGAAAAAGAAGCAAUUUCCGAGAAACAUGGGUAUUCAAGCAGAUUCAAAUUUCUCAACAAAAGAAAAGGAGAAGACGAAAAAGGAUGUCGGCAACUAUGA